UCGAAUAUAUGAUCUUGGCGACGAUUAUUGCCAACUGCGUUGUACUGGCCCUGGAGCAGCACCUCCCCAAUGGAGACAAGACGCCCAUGGCCAAGAGUCUGGAACAAACUGAGCCCUAUUUUAUCGGAAUCUUCUGUUUUGAGGCUGGAAUUAAAAUAGUUGCACUGGGAUUUGUCUUCCAUAAAGGAUCAUACCUUCGCAAUGGCUGGAAUGUGAUGGAUUUCAUUGUGGUUCUAAGUGGGCUCCUGGCAACAGCAGCGACACACUUCAAUCUGCGAACCCUGAGGGCCGUCCGUGUGCUUAGACCCCUCAAACUGGUGUCAGGAAUUCCCAGUUUACAGAUUGUGCUUAAAUCCAUCAUCAAGGCGAUGGUUCCCCUGCUGCAGAUCGGCUUGCUGCUCUUCUUCGCUAUCCUUAUGUUUGCCAUCAUCGGCCUGGAGUUUUACUAUGGAAAACUCCACCUCACCUGCUACACCAAUAACAGUGCUGCUGAAGAACUGGAGCUGCAGUUCCCCUGCGGAAAGCAGGAGCCAGCCCGACUCUGCCCCAAUGGCACCGUCUGUGACUACUGGAUAGGACCCAACGCUGGCAUCACCCAGUUUGACAACAUCCUGUUUGCCCUGUUGACUGUCUUCCAGUGCAUCACGAUGGAGGGCUGGACUACCAUCCUCUACAAUACAAAUGACGCCUUAGGAGCGACAUGGAAUUGGCUCUACUUCAUCCCGCUCAUUAUCAUUGGCUCCUUCUUUGUGUUGAACCUGGUGCUUGGAGUCCUGUCUGGUGAAUUUGCCAAGGAGCGCGAGAGGGUGGAGAACAGGAGGUCGUUCCUGAAGCUGCGCAGGCAGCAGCAGAUCGAGCGGGAGUUGAACGGUUACCGAGCGUGGAUCGACAAAGCCGAGGAGGUUAUGCUGUUGGAAGAAAAUAAAAAUGCUGGGGAGAAAUCUGCACUGGAUGUCCUUAGAAGAGCAACAAUCAAGAAGGGACGAAUGGAGAUGAUCCAUACAGAAUCGAGUGAUGACCACUACACUGAAAUCUCUUCUGUCGGUUCACCUUUAGCAAGGGCCAGCAUCAAGAGCACCAAGCUGCUGGAGGGCUCAUCCUAUUUCCGCCGGAAAGAGCGCAUGCUGCGCAUCUCCAUCCGUCACAUGGUCAAGUCCCACGCCUUCUACUGGAUUGUCCUGAGCCUAGUGGCCCUCAACACAGUGUGUGUCGCUAUUGUCCACUAUGAUCAGCCUUUAUGGCUCACCAACUUCCUCUAUUAUGCGGAGUUCACUUUUCUGGGACUUUUUCUCUCCGAGAUGUUUCUAAAGAUGUACGGCUGUGGACUGCGACUAUACUUUCACUCCUCCUUCAAUUGCUUUGACUGUGGGGUGGGCAUACGCCUUAGAAGGGAAAAAUGUGUGUUCCAGGCACCCCAUGUGACCUAUUUCAGCUACAGAGUCAACAAGACAGGGGUUACGCCUGCUGCAAGAUAA